GUCCCGUCGGUUUGUGUGCCCCUUUGUCGCCGCGAGAGAGUGGACGCGCCGGGGUUUAAGGAGCAGAAGCGGGCUGCCCACAUGGUCCAACCACUGGCGUGAAAGUUGACUUCUUCAGAAACCAAGAGAACAGGUGCCAGUGAUGAUGGUGGAAUCAGCUUCUGAGACCAUUCGUACGACGCCGUCCAACCAGAACGGAGUCAGCAGCCUCAGUAGCCAGUCAGAUGGAGGGGGAGGUAGAGAGGGUGGGUCCAAUGGAGACACCAAUGGAGAGAUCAGCCCAGUUGACUUGCUCCACCUGCAACAGCAACAGGCCCUUCAGGCAGCCAGACAGUUCCUCCUCCAGCAGGCCUCUGGACUCAACUCCCCUGGCAGCAAUGAGGUCAAACAGAGCCCAGUGCAGGUCCCUGUGUCUAUGGCCAUGAUGAGUCCACAGAUGAUCACUCCCCAGCAGAUGCAACAGAUCCUGUCCCCCCCUCAGCUUCAGGCCUUGCUGCAGCAACAGCAGGCUCUCAUGCUACAGCAGUUACAGGAGUAUUAUAAGAAGCAGCAGGAGCAGUUACAUCUCCAGCUUCUGACUCAGCAGCAACAGCAGCAGCAGCAGCAGCAGGCUGGGAAGCAAGCAGCAAAAGAGCAGUUAGGCAGUAAGCAGCUGGCCUUCCAGCAGCAGCUGAUCCAGAUGCAGCAGCUUCAGCAGCAGCACAUCCUCAACCUCCAGAGACAGGGCCUGGUUCCACUGCAGCCCACUACCGCCAUGCAGACUCUGCAGCAAGCGAUGUGUCCGUCGGACCUGCAACAACUGUGGAAGGAUGUGUCGGGGGUGCCGAGCAGCGAGGAGGCCCUGAAACAGGCCGAGGGCCUCGACUUGAGCACCAACAGCUCCAAUUCUACCUCAGCCUUCCCCAAAGCUGCCAGUGCUCACCUUCCACUGCACAGCCUGCCCAAUGGACAGAGCCACACCCCAAAGAGAGACAGAGCCAGACUGUUUGAGUGGAUAUCCUCCUUCACCAAGGCAGACAGCGGAGAUGACCAUGUCCCUCUUUACUCCAAAGGCAGCCAACCCCCCAGCAGCCAUCAUGAGGAGCAUACUGGCUCCCAUCCCCUCUAUGGCCAUGGAGAGUGUAAGUGGCCUGGUUGUGAAGCACUGUGUGAAGACAUGGGACAGUUCAUCAAGCACUUGAACAAUGAGCACGCCCUCGAUGACCGCAGCACUGCUCAGUGCCGAGUCCAGAUGCAGGUGGUUCAGCAGCUGGAAAUACAGCUGUCGAAAGAGAGCGAGCGACUCCAGGCCAUGAUGACCCACCUGCAUAUGCGCCCCUCAGAGCCAAAGCCUUUUAACCAACCUCUGAACCUGGCUUCCAGUGGCUCUCUGUUAAAGCGAGACAGUGAGGCCUACCCAGAGGGUCUUCCCCACCCACCCACCUCAGCUGCCACCCCCAUCACCCCACUGCGCCAGGGGCCUUCAGUCAUCAGCUCCUCCAGCCUGCACACACACUCCCACUCACACACGCACGCUGUUGGGCCCAUACGUAGGCGCAACUCCGACAAGUACUGCACCCCGAUCGCCUCAGAGCUCGCCCAGAACUGUGAGUUCUACAAGAACGCUGAUGUCAGGCCUCCCUUUACCUACGCCUCUCUUAUACGUCAUGCCAUUUUGGAGUCCCCAGACAGACAAUUGACUCUCAAUGAGAUUUACAAUUGGUUUACACGAAAGUUUGCCUAUUUCAGGAGAAACACAGCCACAUGGAAGAAUGCGGUGCGCCACAACCUGAGUCUGCACAAGUGUUUUGUUCGUGUCGAGAAUGUGAAGGGGGCCGUGUGGACUGUGGAUGAAGUUGAAUACCAAAAGAGGAGACCACCAAAGAUGACCGGAAGUCCCACUCUGGUGAAAAACAUGAUUUCAGGGCUCGGCUUUGGAUCCCUAAAUGCCAGCUACCAGGCGGCUUUGGCAGAAAGCAGCCUGUCCCUGCUGAACAGCCCUCCCCUGGUGACCCCUCAGUCUGCGCCCAGCCUCAACAUGCUGCAUGUGGGCCAUGAUGAUGUCAGCUCCACUGUGGAGCAGGUCAACAGCAAUGGCAGUUGCAGCCCCACGCUCAGCCCUCAACAGUACAGCCACCCAGUGCAUGUGAAGGAGGAGCCCACUGAAUUGGUGGAGGAGGACAGCCGGCCAGUAUCGCUUCUGGCUGGUGUCACACACAGCCUGCCAUUGCCAAGCGAUGAGCGCGACCUGGAGGAGGAUCUUCCCACAGAGGAGCUGGAGUAGGACAGAUCUCAAGACAAGCCGGAGGGACGGGACUUACUGAGACCAAUCCCCAAGCCCUUCUCGCCUGUGUGAAGAGGAAAAGAUAGCAACAGUACACUUAAGAGAAAAGAGAGAAAAAAAGAGGAUUUUCUUUUGUUUUGUUUUGUUUUUUUUAAGAAAAUUCAAACAACUAAGGACGACAUUGAGUAACUCCAAACAGGGUUAGAUGACCUUUGUUACUUUCAGACACAAAAACAAGACUGUGGAGCACUGCUUUACCUCCAAUGUGUUGCUUUCUCAACACUUGGCUCAGAGGUGUAACACCACUUAAUGCAUACACACUCACACAAACACACGCACACACUCAUUCACUUGUCAAAUCAUGUCUUGUCAUUCUCCCUGGAAAAAUCACCCUCUAUGUAGAGACCCCUAGAGGCGUGGACACACACACACACACAUACACAAACACACACACACACACACACACACUCUCUUUCCUCCUCAGCCCACCACCCUGCAUACACCCUCCUCUCUGUUGUCUCGGGCUGCCUGGCUAGCCAUUUUAUCUCUACAUCAGUUGAGAGGACACACAGACAGAUGUGUGCGUUAGAAAGAGCGCACACGCAUACACACACAGAGGAUCAUGUGUAUAUAGAUGGAGCGGUCAUCAGGGGCUGUGCAGUAUACCUCUCCUUCUUCGCCCUCUUUGAAUCAGUCACUUGCUUUUGCAUUUUCUUUGAUCCAAUUAGACUAAAACUGUUGGGCUUCAUGAUGAGGAGGAAGGAAGAAUACUUGCAAAGAUUACCUCCAGCAGUACUCCAACACUUCUGCAGCGCAGGCUCCCGCCUCCACGUCUGUGCGUGAGCAUGCGGUGAGGCUGACCCGACAGAAGCAAUGCGGCCCCGGUCCCUGCCCAAACUUUCUGCUAGCAGCAAGACACUUAGUGAGGGACUUCUUUUAAACUCUUUGAUUCUAUGUGGAAAAAAAGAACGCACGUCCCUGCCCCUCUUACAUCCUCUCCCAUUCCACACCCCCACCCCCACCCCCCAGAAGACUGCAGGAAUAGGACCAUCUGGUGCUGUCCUUCUUCUCUCUUCCAUCUGCAGAUGGAGUGAUGAGCAUGGAACACGUUUGAGAAAAAAGAAAAAGAAGAGGGGAAUCCGUAAGAAACCAUGGAGGAAGCGUCUACAGAAAUAUUGUGACUAAAAAAUAAAACUGUUGAUGAUUAUGGAAUAUAACAAGAAAAAAAAUGUGUGGUAGCUUUUUGUCAUUUCCUUUUUUUUUUUUUCUUUUUUUUUAAUUUGAUGUUAUCAUUGUUUAUUUUCGAGGAUCAAUAUUUCCGAGGUGGCGUUCUGUUUUGACGUACCUUUUCUAUGGAUGCUGUUUAUGUUUUUUGUAUCGUAAGUUGUUUAAUUUACUCUGGUUGUUCACACCAUUCCAAAUGAGUAUUGGCAAAACAGAAGCUCAGUAUUGUCCCGACUUACCUGAUUCCUUACUCCUGCCCCUCUCCCUUUCUGUCCCCAGUGUAGCAGGCAAGAAACUUGGAAAUAGCACUUAAAGUUGCCAUUGUCCAGACAGAUUAUUUAACAGCUGAAUCUUAUUCUUUUAAGUAUCUCUCAUUCACUUGUUUUUUGUUUUGGUUGUGUAUUUAGUUGGGAAAUAUCCGUGAUGCUUUAAAACUAUAUAUAGAUAUAUUAUUAUUGCAGUCAGAGAAUACCUCAUCCCACAGAGGUUCUGCCUGGAACUGUGUCCAAAUUGUUAAAGAAAUAAGGGGGAAUUCUUUCUGUGGGACACCAAAUGUGGCAACUCUGCUCAGCUUCGAUUCAAAGCUCUGUGGUUGUAAUAGUUACUGUGUAGAAGCUAGCUGCAAUUCACUGUGUGAGUUUAUGUUAAAGGAAUAGCACGUGAGAUUUCUUUGUUUCCGUGAGCAUAAAGAGCAUGACUUUUCUCUACAGUGCCAUACCAAAUUUAACAUUUAUUUUGAAUCUAUUAUCUGCCUAUUCCCAUUUUAUUUUUGUUACAGGUAACCAAAGAAAUAUGUAGAAAACCAAAAACCCUGUAGUUCAUUUUUCCCUUUGGGUUUUUUUUUUUUUUUUUAUUAUUAUUAUUUUUAUUAAUAUUUUUUCUUUAAAGAACUGGCCAAAAGUCAACAAACCAGGAGUUUGAAUUCUUAUUGUUGUAUUCAUAUAACUAUUGUGUUAAAAUUAUACCUGACUUACACUGCUGACCAUUCCAAAAACCAAAGUGUGUAAAGCAAACUACAAUUUGGAGACAGUUGCGAAUGACUCAUAUUGCGUAUGAGGCCAAAAAAAAAAAACUGGUAUUAACAAACCUCGCACAGUUCCUCUGAAACACAGAAGAAAGAGAAAAGCACUUAGAGAUGAAGCCCUGUCUCUCUCUCUCAUACUCAGGCUCGACUGUGUUCCAAACACAAUCCUGGGACUGGCCCGACUACAGCGCGAGCAGGCCUAAAAGUCAAACACUCAUGAGGCAUUUGAAUGCAACAAAUACCUUUCUCUCUGAGAUGAAAACAAAAACAAAAGAAAAGUGAAAUUAACUUUUGAAACGCCUGCUGUUACAAGGUACUUUAUAUCGACACUGUUGUAAUAAUCGUUUGAGGUUUUAAAUCUAUUAAAAGAAAGCUCUUUACACUUAAAUGCCCUCUAGUUCAGUAUUCACAGGAAGAAGAUGUGUAUUGUAAUCUGCUUUAAAAAAGUGGCAUCUUUGGGCAGGGAGGAGUUAUUCCAAAUAUCUGUUAAUUAUACAGUAAAGAGGAAACAACUAAAAAUGGCCAAAACAUACCAAUGUAAGAGGAAAACAACCAAGGGACAUCGUGUAAUUUAAAGAUUGGUUCCUAUUUUAGUCCUUUCUGUUGCCAGACUGUCUCUUGCACUUCAGAUGGGUUUUUCUUAUUUAAUGAAAGAACAUUUCCAGUGACUUUGUGUUCACACAGGACUGUUUCCUGUCACAUUAGACACUGAUUUCUUACAAAGUACAACGUGUCAGACAGAAAUCUUGAAGCGAGAUAAAAACCAAAAAUAACACUACCUCCUUUUCAAAACAGUUCAACACAUAGCCAACGGGAGACUGAACUCUCUUAAAUAUUAUUUUCUCCAUUCUUCCUCAAUGAUGAUUUAAAAAUAUAAAAUAAACGCCAAAAUUGUUUUAACACUUACUGAAAAAACUGACAAAAAACAAAAAAACAAACCUAUUCGGUGAUCUGGACUCCCUGAUACAUCUGCGUGAGCCCAAAAACAUAGAGACGUUUCACUUUCCAUAGAUUUAAAAACGACUACCUCUCCUUAAACCACAUCUGAAGCACUCUCUGCGUCUCCAAAUGUGUUGUAAAGUGCUCAUUAUCCACGAACAGUUUUCUAUCAGCUGUUUCAAACUGACCAUACUCCUGUACCCGAUUAGCAUUGAGCUAUGUGAACAGCCUCUUAACUGUGUGCUUUGACUGUACGCGUGCAUAUUCAUGAUCAGGCGCAGCUCUCAGCCAAUGAGAAGCUGGUCGUUAAUGGCUGCGUGUUGUUGCAGGGGAGCUGGUUGUCAGAUGUAAUGAUGGGUUGAAUAUAUUAGUGCCACAACACACACACACACACAUACACACAUGCACAGGGGUAUAAUAGAAGUGUAGAAACAGGGCUAGUGGGGUUAGUGCAAACAGAGGCUCUGACCAUCCAGAUAUCCAAAGACCCACAACACAGCAGCACCCCCUUUCACCAAAACACUCACAGAGACGUUGAGAGGACUAACACAUCACUACUAGUAAUAUCCAAACCAAGAGGAACUGCUGCAUACAGUACAUAGAUGAUCUCUGACUUGUGCUUUAAGGUACACCUGUAAACAAAGCUGUUUUAUAAAGAUGUAGAUUGUUCACAGGUCACCAUGUAACACUUCUGUUCUUUCUCCACCUUGGCAUAACAUGAUGUAUUCUUGUAUAUUGAGGCUUGGCUUAUCUCUCCAGGGCAUUCUUUCCCAUUUUGUCCUUUGAUUUUCUUUUUUUUUUUUCUUGCACCUGUUUAGCUAUUGUAAAGCUUUCAGCUCUGAUUCCUAUACUGUACUGCUAAUGCAGACGUAUAUGUAUUUAUCAUAUUAAGUGCUGCAGGUAUCUUGGUUUAAUAGUUUUGUUUUUAUGUUUUGUUUUCAGUUCUUCAUAAAACGUCUGGGACGCUGAUUUUUUUUUUUU